UGAACAGUCGACACUUCUCGACAUCCAUACAAACCAAACUUAUUUCCAAACAGCUUUAAAAUUAGUUGAUAAAAUUUGUACUUUCAUCUACAUUUUUGUAUAGUCAAAAGGCAGCAUCAGUAGAUUUACUUCACAGGGGGUCUCCCCAACCCCCAAAGAUCCCCAUGGCUAACUGGGGUAGGAAUUACGGCUCAAACAGAAAUCAAAAUUCCUACCAAAACUAUCAACAUGGGAGACCGUAUGAGCACUAUGCUAACUAUGGUGCCCAACAGCAGAAUUACUCCACCAAUAGUGUUCACCAAUCAUUUGGCCAAAAUUCGCUGAGCUUUUCACCCAACGGUGUUGGUCCUACCAUUUUACCAUCAACCCAAAACUUGUUCCCAUAUACAGUUCAGAGAUACCAACCUUCCGUGUACAACAACGUUGAAAUCAGCAGUGAGAUAUUGGCGAGAGCGGCCAACUCUCAGCUAACUCCCACAGCCGGAGAGUUCAUACCUAGUUCCGUUUACCAGCAAUCUUCUAACACGCCAGCAGAUCCUCAACAGCAUAAUCAAACUAGUAGACCAAGCAAUUACAGCAAUGGAAAUACCAAUAGUAAUAAAAACAAUAGGACCUCUAGAUCAAACGGAUUUGCUGGUGAAAGUAGUUCGUCCAGUAAUGGUACUAAAGAUGCAUCACAUUUUCAAAAAAAGCCAACAAACAAAGGGAAAAACUACAAUGGUGAUAACAGAAACCGGCAAGUGAAUAUUGAGCAAUCUAAAGCCGAAGGGCGGAAAAAGUUACUCGCUGAAGCGGCAGGGUUUUCGGCUCAGCAGAAAGACGCUUCAGGUCCAUCUAGAGCAACCACAAGUAACUCAAAUGAACCUUCAAAAUGGCGUCCUCGAGGUUCUGGAGAUAACAAGACGUAUUACAACGGGGACUCCAAGGUUUUCUCACGAUCUAGUAAAGUGCAAGAUCGUCACCAGCCUCGGUCUUCUCCAUCGGGCCGUGUAGGGCCAUCUCCUCGAAGAGAACGGAACUCUUCAGGCACAAAAGGAGUGGACGAAGCCGUAUCUCAGAGAGAGAGGUUGACUGAGCAGCUGAACCGUGGAGUGCUGGAGUGUCUGGUGUGUUGUGAGAUGGUGAGACAACAAGAUCACACCUGGUCCUGCAACAACUGCUAUCAUGUCCUGCAUCUGCGUUGCAUCAUCAAAUGGGCCAACACUUCCAAAGCAGAUAACGGAUGGAGAUGUCCAGCGUGUCAGAACGUGACGGUAGCAAUGCCUAAAGAAUAUUUGUGUUUCUGUGGAAAACUGGUCAACCCUGACUGGAAUCGCAACGACACUGCUCAUUCAUGUGGGGAGGUUUGCAACCGUCCGAAGGUGUUAGCCAGUCAGUUCUACAGCUGUGUACAUCGCUGCACAGUGCUGUGUCAUCCGGGUCCGUGUCCUCCUUGCAUGGCCUUAGUUACCAGGAAGUGUGGGUGUGGAGCCAGCAGUCAGUCUGUACAGUGUGGCCAGACCCAGCCUCUAGUGUGUGGAUCUGUGUGUGGCAAGGCACUGUCGUGUGGCAGACACAAUUGUACCCAGCAAUGCCAUGUAGGGGAGUGUGAACCAUGCGAGGUCAUCAUCAAACAAGUCUGCUAUUGUGGCAAGGAGCAAAGGGAGGUGUUGUGUGAUGGCAGUCAGGCCGAGGGCGAGCAGUUUGUGUGUGAAGCGCUGUGCGGCCAGCAGCUGUCAUGCGGCCACCACACGUGUAGCCAGAAGUGUCACGCGGGGCCAUGCGACACGUGUGUACGCGACCCAUCACUUGUGCUCACCUGCUUCUGUGGCAAGACUCCGCUAGGGGAGGGUCAGCAGAGAACUUCGUGUCUCGAUGAGAUCCCGACCUGCGGACAGGUCUGCGAGAAACCACUGACAUGUGGCCAGCCGAGCAGCCCACACAGUUGUAACGCUCAGUGCCAUGAAGGUCAGUGUCCUCCGUGUGACCAGACUACCCUGGUGAGAUGUCGGUGUGGCUACAUGGACAGAGAGCUGCCCUGCACUGAGCUCACUACCAAGGCUGACGACGCUCGCUGUCAAAAGAAAUGCACCAAGAAGCGUACGUGUGGCAAACACAAGUGUAACCAGUUGUGCUGCAUUGACGUUGACCACGUGUGUCCUCUACUCUGCAACCACAUGUUGAGUUGCGGCCAACACAGAUGUGAACAGCUGUGUCAUCGCGGCCAUUGUCAGCCCUGCCUGCAGUCCAGUUUCACAGAGUUGUACUGUGAGUGUGGCACAAGUGUGCUGAUGCCACCCAUCUCAUGUGGUACAAGACCUCCCCUGUGUAGUCAACCGUGCUCCAGACAACACGAAUGUGAUCACGACGUGCUCCAUACGUGUCACAGCUACGCAGAUUGUCCUCCCUGCGGAGUGCUCACCUCCAAGUACUGCUACGGAAAACAUGAGUUGCGCAAAGCAGUGCCUUGCCACAUGAAGGAGUUCUCGUGUGGCCUGCCGUGUGGUCGCGCGCUGCCGUGUGGACGACACAAGUGCAUACAGCCGUGUCACGGGGGCGACUGUGUCACGAGCUGUCGUCAGCCGUGUACCAAGCCCAGGGACUUGUGUGGUCACUCCUGCAACCAGCCUUGUCACGACGGAGAGUGUCCUGACAUGCCGUGCAAGCAGAACGUGGUAGUUACCUGUGAGUGUGGACACCGCAGCAUGUCUCGACCUUGCUAUGAGAACAACAGCGAGUAUCAGCGGAUCGCCACGUCCCUGCUGGCCUCCAAGAUGGCCGAUGUGCAACUGGGUCGUUCUGUCAACCUGUCUGACAUGCAAGGCUCCCGCAAAGUCACCAUGAAAACGCUGGAGUGUUCUGAAGAGUGUCGUGUGGUGGAGCGUAACCGUCGUCUGGCCAUUGGUCUACAGAUCCGCAACCCCGACCUGAGCGCCAAGCUGACUCCUCGAUACUCUGACUUCAUGCGAGGUUGGGCCAAGAAAGACCCUCGGUUCUGUCAACAGAUACACGACAAGCUGACCGACCUUGUCAAACUGGCCAAGGAGUCCAAGCAGAAGAGUCGGAGCUAUUCGUUCGAGACUAUGAAUAGAGAGAAGCGCCAGUUUGUUCACGAGUAUUGCACUCAUUUUGGUUGUGAAUCUGUUGCUUACGAUGCAGAGCCUAAACGCAACGUGGUUGCAACCGCUCAGAGAGAUAAGGCCUGGCUACCGAGCUACAGUCUGAUGGAAGUGUUACAGAGAGAGAUGGGGCUGCGGAAGGUACCUCUUCCAAACCUCAACUCUUCCAGCCAAAAAACUACCACUCAAAGCAAUGUUCUCCCAGUAAGAGUAGCAUUGAACCAACCAGCCAAGUCUACUGUGUCUGAUGCUCCCCAGAUUGACUAUUUCGACUACAACGGUUAAUUGCUUCACCUGACGUCCCGACGCAAUCCAUACGGGUCAAUUUAAUUGUUAUAUACAUUUAUACUAAACAUAUUAUUACACUAAUAUUUGAGAAAUCCUAUGCCAUGGUAGCACAGUGGAGUUAGCAACUGCUCACUUAAAAAUUCCAUUACUUUUAAUCUUUUGUCAAUUUUUUUACUAGUGUAAGAUAAUUUUGUUGGGCCUCCUUUUUAGGUAUUUUAUGGUUCAGGCUUAAAUUCAUGUUCAGAAUUGCAAUUAGUAAGUCAGCCGGUUAGAUUAUGGUGUAUGUAACUUAAAAAGUAAUGUUUUACCUAAAAAUAAAGUUUUACAAUGUCUCUUUCCGAUUGAAAAGUGAUCGCGACAAUAAAACUGUUUAGUUAUUUAUUUUAUGUUAAUAUGGUAAUAUUUGAUUUAUCUACAACCAUGCUAAGACGUGGGUUUUAUUUAGGUAUAAGGUAUUAUUGUUAUUUAGAUGUAUACUUACUUAAGAGAUAUUUUGGUUUGAAGUAAAUUUAUGGCAU